AUGGCUGUUUCCGAGGUAGCAUCAUACACUAUAGCGUCGUUUGCGGUGUAUGUUGGUAUUCACGUAUGGAAGAAAGAUACGAAGCAGGUCUACAACGUGACCUGCCUAGUCACCGCUCUAGUCGCUGUUAUUAUGGGCGUCGUAUGUGUCUUUAUCAACAGAGAGGCGGUGUUCACCGGAGCGUUCAAGUAA